AUUCCCUCUCUUUUCUUUACAUUUCAGGACAUGAUGACGAAGAACAAGCGUCGCAAUUGGCGUCGUUUGUUGGCUGGUGGAUUAAUCGCGAUUGUUGUGUUGGCAUUGGUGAUCACAGUCGCUAUUCUACUAAACGGUAGUCCCAAUUCGACGGAACCUAAAGCGUUAACUGCAGCCGGCAUUUCUCUGGAAGAAUGGCUCGGAGGGUCGCUGUCCACGAAAAGCUUUAAUGGCACCUGGCUAAGUGAUGACGAGAUCCUUUACAGAGAUGAGAAAGGCAGUUUGAUUAUUUUUAACGUCACCUCCAAAAUUUUCCGCACGAUAUUGGAAUAUAAAAACAAAGCAUUGUUGACUAGUUUCUACUACGAAAUUUCAGCGGACAGAAAAUAUUUGCUCCUAGCUUCGGCCUAUCAAAAGCUCUACCGACACACAUUCCUUGCCCACUACAGAAUCGUGAACCUGCAAACUCUAGAGGAUUUUGGUUUUCCGGACAAUGAAUCGGUAUUUUUGCAAUUGGCAACAUGGGGCCCGAAAGGAAAUUCAUUGGUCUAUGUUUAUCAAAAUAAUAUAUAUUAUCGUCCGGCUGCUGAAAUGCCCGAUAUUUAUAAAAUAACAAACUCUGGAGUUCUUCAUACUGUUUAUAAUGGCGUUCCAGACUGGGUGUACGAAGAGGAAGUAUUCGGUUCUAACAAGGCAAUAUGGUUCUCGCCGAGUGGAACAAAAAUGGUCUUUGGAUACUUUGACGACAGAUAUACGCCAAUAAUGAACCUUCCAUAUUAUGGAUAUCCUGGUAGCAUAACUUUUCAGUACACGUCAGUCAUUCCCAUUCAUUAUCCAAAAAGUGGAACAACGAAUCCAACAGUGAAAUUGUACUACGUCGAUUUAGAGAAAGUACUAAUAGAAAAUGCAACUCUAAUUGAAAUAGAGGCACCGCCUCAUCUCGAUGGUAGGGAAUCUAUUCUGGCAGCAGUGAAUUUUCCAACUGAGAAUAUUGUAUCGGCAACAUGGAUGAAUCGAGUUCAAAAUGAAUCCUAUUUUCAUCUUUAUGAUGUUAUUACACAAAAUAGCACAACGGUACUAUCAUAUGCGGAGGCAAAAGGUUGGGUGGAUCAAUUUGAGCCACCAUUAUUUAGUAAGGAUGGAACGUCGUUCCUUUUGAUCUUGCCACAGAAACAAGGUGACAGCGGCGAUUGGAAGCAUUUAGUACUUGUUACAAACGCAACCACAGAUACCAAGACAACCGCACUAACUUCCGGCACCUUUGUUGUCACGGAAAUUAUCUCAUGGGACGAAGACAACCACUACAUAUAUUAUUUGGCAACAUUGGAAAAUGAUCCAGCACAACAGCAUUUGUAUCGAGUAUCAACAUUGUAUAAAAAUUUUAAAUCAGAAUGUCUCAGUUGCAAUGUUAAGAGCAAAUCUGAUGGCGUUCAAUGUCUCUACAAUCUAGCAAAGUUUUCACCCGGUAAUUCACACUACGUGCUCACCUGUGCUGGUCCAGGAGUACCGGAUAUUUCUAUCUAUGACAAAAAAGCAAAUAAACUAUAUUCUUGGGAGGAUAAUCGAGCUGUUGCGGAAAUAUUGUCUGUAAAAGCACAACCAAUCGUGAAAAGACUCAAAGUUCCGGUUCCCGGUGGAUUUGAGGCUCAAGUUCAAUUAAUGAUUCCACCAGGUGCGGAUACAUCUGGAUCAACAAAAUAUCCCAUGUUGGUUUACGUAUACGGUGGACCAGAUUCACAUCAAGUGACAGAGAAAUUCAACAUCGAUUGGGGGAAUUAUUUGGUCACAAACAAAAGCAUCAUUUACGCGGCAAUUGAUGGAAGAGGUUCAGGAGUCAAAGGAAACCGGAUGCUGUUCGCAGGAUAUCGUCAUUUAGGAACCGUGGAAAUUGAAGAUCAAAUUGGCGUGACAAAGUAUCUCAAAAAGAAGUUUUCAUUCAUCGAUCGAACAAGAACUGCAAUAUGGGGAUGGAGUUAUGGUGGUUAUGCGGCAGGAAUGGCUUUAGUCACUGAUACAGCUGAAGUUUUCAAAUGCGGAAUGUCAGUUGCUCCUGUAACUGAUUGGGCACUUUACGAUUCAAUUUAUACUGAGAGGUUUAUGGGUUUACCAUCAUCGGCUGACAAUUUAAAGGGCUAUGAGGAAGCACAGCUUCUUAAAAAAGUCGAUAAAGAGAGUGGAUUUAAGACAAAGGGUUACUACUUAAUUCAUGGUACCUUCGAUGAUAACGUACACUAUCAACAAUCUUUGAUGCUUGCCAAAGUUCUUGAACAAAAGGAUAUCUUGUUUCGGCAACAGACCUAUACGGAUGAAGAUCACGGUAUAGUUCAAUCUCGUUAUCAUCUCUAUCACUCCUUGGAAAAUUUCCUAGACGAAUGUUUUGAAACAUCUUCCUGAUCAACGCAUUUUUAUUAAAGAAAACUAGGAAUUACACUGUCAAUCAUAUUUUGUAAAUAAAAUUGCCAAAUGUACAUAGUUUAUGUACAAAAAAAAAAGAUGAUGAAAUUGUAAUAUUUGUGUGUUCGUGUAAAUAGAAGAAGAUUUUUAAAGAUCGUCGAGACUAUAUUAUAUAUAUUGUGCCAAUUCGAGUGUAACAAUGGGAUUAAAAGUUGUUUUUUAUAUUAAAGAAAAAAAAGAAAGAUAUAUAUAUAUAUAUAUAUAAAUAAAUAUUAUAUAUAAAUAUUUAUAAAAGAAAAAAAAAUGAAAACUCCUUUUGUUAUACUCAAAGAUCGAAUGAAAUCAGUGGAUUUCGAAUAUACCUGAUCGUAACGACCUAAAAUUAUUAGAGUUUGUACUUAUUUACGAGUUAGACACUUUUUAGUACGUGAACAAGUUUUUUAAAGCCAGCUAUUUUAUGAGAAAACUUUGUUACUUAAGGAGUAAUUUUAUAUAGAAGCACACAAGGGAGAAAAGGAAAGGUAUAAACUUGUAAUCUUUCGAAUAACUGAUCCUAUACUCGCUUCUGUUGGUUAUAUUAUAUAUACUUUCAAGAACAAUUUUCAUUAGAGUAUGAUAAUAUAUUUUACCUAACUCAGUUAUAUAUCUAUACAAUGCUCUACUAAAAUUUCACGAAGAUGGAUUUUUUUUUUUAUUUAAACAAAUUUUCACUCUCUCGAUAAUAUUUUGAAUACUUCUUUUGUGCGAGGCAACGAGUAUUAGAUAAACGAAGGUUAUAGUGUAUUAUAAUUAUUUUUACUAUCAUUGAUAUUUUUCCAUAUAUAAUUUUAAAUGAUAUUAUUGUAUUAUUAUUAUCAUUAUUAUUGCCAAUAGAAUACUCUCAUUGUAUUUUUACUACUACAUUAUUUUCAAAUUAUAUUUAGUGAACUAUUCUCAAUUUACAGAUACAGUAAAACCUCGUAAAGUCAAAGAAAUUAUUUUAUUUUACCGUAAUUGAGUCGAUAACAAAUUUUUAAAUAAAAUUUCCAAUCAAAUAUAGAAUAAAAACAUUACCCUUAUAUUUUAUAUUAUCGAGGUUCAACUGUACAUGUAAAUAUGGUUUUUGUAGAAAAACUAAAUCAUUGUGAUUAAAAUUUUCUUUUUUAAUUUUAGAAUAGCAUAUCUACAAAUUGUUAUCUAUAAGUCACGUCAUUUAAUAAUAAUAAUAAUAAUUAAAAAAAAACAAGAGUGCACAGUAGUGUAAAUAUGCAACUAUCACGUUUUAAAGUAUUAAUAAAUAAAAAAAUUUUGUAAAUCAAGGACCACUGCGAGCAAUUUUAAAGGUGGAUCAAAGUGAAUUUAUUGAAACGAUUGUUAAUUCUUAUAAUAUCUUGAACUCAAUUGUACAUAAAGAUUACUUAAUUAAUUGUAUAACUGAUAUAGAGAAAAUGUUGUUGCGAGGAAUACUUGUGCGGAAUUAAUUCGUAGUUUUGCAAAGUUGCUUGAAAAAAAAAUUCCCUAUCAAUUAUUUGUUGAGUGUAUUAAAAAAAAUAAAGCUCUAUGUUUUAAUAAUAAAAAAAAUGAAAACUCA